AAAAAAAAAAAAGGCCGAAAUUGGACAUUUUUCAAAAUUACGAAACAGCCCACCACGCGACCCCUCCUGUCGGGUUUUGCAAAACUUGGGAAGAUUUUCAUCUGCAUCUAUACAGAGAUCGCAAGCAAAUAUGAGCAUGAGUGUAAGAGCAGAAGCUGAAGAGUAUCACUCAAAAGACUUUGAAUGGGAAACCUUGGAACAAGAAAUUGAAAACAACCCUUCUCUCCAUUACCACUUUCUUCCAUUCCCUUCUUCACAACAACAACAACAACAAAAAACUCUCAAUGAUUCAGAUGCUUGGAGAAAGUUUCACAAUCGUCACUCAGCUGGCAGGUUCUUCAAGGAGAGACGAUAUUUGCUGAAGGAAUUUCCUGAACUAGUUUCUUGUGGAGAAUCUUCAAAACUCUUGGAAGUGGGAUGUGGUAGUGGCAGUACCAUUCUUCCAAUACUGCAUGGGAACAAAGAUAUCAUUGUGUAUGCUUGUGACUGUAGCUCUGAGAUUCUUGAAAGAACUAAAGAAUUUGUGGGGGCCAGUGAUAUAGCCUCAGUGAAGAAUCGAUUUUUCCCUUUCUAUUGUGACUUUUGUACAACUGGGUUUCCAGAUUGGUUGGCCUGCAAUUAUUGUAGAGGAAGCCAACCACAAAAGCAGCAUGAUUGUUUUUCAGAUGUUGAAGAGAUAAAUAUUCCACAAUUAACAUAUUUGUCGAGAGAAAGUGGCUCUUCCAUUGGUGGUGUUGACUUUGUCACCUUGAUUUUCACACUAUCAGCAGUACCACUGCAAGGGAUGCCAACAGCCCUCAUAGAGUGCUACUCUGUCUUGAAGCCUGGUGGGCUGCUGUUUUUUAGGGAUUAUGGCCUAUAUGACAUGACUAUGCUGCGAUUCCAGCCAGACCAAAGAGUGGGUUUCAGGGAGUACAUGCGGUCAGAUGGAACCCGUUCUUAUUUUUUCUCUUUGGAUGCUGUGAGAAACCUCUUCGUGGGUGUUGGCUUCAUUGAGGUUGAACUUGAAUAUUGUUGUGUCAAGUCUUUGAAUCGUCGAAAUGCGAAGAGCAUGCAAAGGGUGUGGAUUCAUGGCAAGUUUAAGAAGCCCAUGUGAAGUUUUUGCAUUCAGGCAUCUCCUUAUAGAGGACUAAACUCAGGAUGUGCAAAUCUGUGGUGAUUCCACUCUGAGAGGUUGAAAUUGCAAUGUCACUUGAGAGGUAAAAUGAAUUGGAAACUCUACACUACUUGCAUAUGUAAGAUGUCUGGAUGCACUUUAGAUUGAUGCUUUGGCCUCAAAAUGCAACCUCAAGGCAAUGAGAAAGUGCAUAAAAGCAUCUUAAGAAGGUAGCCUGACCAAGCAAGAAUAACACCCUUUAAUAAUGGCUACUAUGUUGAAUUUUUAAGGUCUAAAUAAUUGACUAUAUAUCACUCUGCUAUCUUGAUCUUUUUCAUUUGUAAUGUUCUCCCUUCCUGAUUAUUCUUGUAUUCAUAUUUACGAAAUUUAUGAUUCUGCAAGUAAUGUUAGAAGUGGUUAAAUACAAAUAUAUCUAUGCUUAUGAAUUUA